UUUACAUUCUAAGUUUGAACCAGUGUUCUGUUUCUCUUCGUGUUUGAAAAGUGUUAUAUUAUUAAACUUUGCUUCUAAAUGCUUUCAAGCUCUGUAACGAUAUCCGAUCUAAGAAAAACAUAUUUUAGAAGAAUAUGAAAUUUUUGAAGUCUCACUUUUAAUAUUCGUCGUGUAAUUAUAUAUAUAUAUAGAUAAGCAAACAAAAUGUAUUUACUAACCAGACGUCAGUUUUCAGAAAGGACUCUAUCUUUUUGUUAAUAUUUUUUUGUACGAAACGUUCAUUUUUAUGUAUCGACGUCGAAAAUACUUUUAUAAAAUGUCUCGUAAAUUGAAAACUGUGAAGCACAUGAGUGCUGAUGAGCUAAAAUCAAAAUUGUAUGCACAUUUCGAUAAAAAUGGUUCUUUAGAUCAUUUGCGUGCUCAGCUGAGAGGCCAGUUGGUUACAGAACUGUUUAAAAUUGCAUCACCUUUAGGGGCAUCAAAAAUGCAUCCCGAAAAUAAAAAUUUUGAUAUAGCACUUUUACCCUUACAAGUUUCUAACUGGCUUGUUUAUGAUCAUUUGUCACGACAAGGCUGUCAAUAUACAUUGUCUACCUUUGUAACUGAAGCUAAUUUAUCUGAUCCAGAAAAACUCUUGACUGUUUGUGAUAUACUGAAAUUAUUUGGAGUUGACACGAAUAGUCCAGAAUAUAAAAGUUUUAUUAAAAUGUAUGCUACAAAAAAUGAAGAGGGUUUUUCACAUUCAUUGUUACUAACUGUUAUCAAAUCAUUAUUCGAAGUUUCACAUAAAAGUCCAGUAUUAAAAUUAAGUAUUCAUGAAGGUGAAAUAAAAGAAACAGUAAAAAGAAAUGAGUUUGAAAAGGAUCUUCUAGAGAUGGCUUUUCCAAACGGUUUAAAGGAAACUGAUGAACAUAUAUCAUAUGAUGAUAAAAUGGUUUCUGAGUCGUUGAAAUUUCAGAACCGAAAUAUGAACGCUAAUCAACUUUUAACAUCUGAAAACAAAUCAGCUGAAUCUAGUUUUUAUGAGCAGCUUCAAUAUGUUAAGGAAGAAAAUGAAAAAGAAGUCCAGAAGCUACGCUGUAAACUACUAGAAGAGCUAGAUGAUCUGCAUUCUCGAGAACAAAAAAUACAACAAGAAAUGGAACUUGAAAAAAAGGAAUUGAAGAAGGAACGAGAUAAACUACUUGUUGAGAUUCAAAAACUUGGUGAAAAAGAAUUGCUGCUAGAAAAAGAAUAUGAAAACAAGUUUCAGAAACAAUUACGAGAAAUGGAACUAGAAUUUGCAUCUAAAGAUCAUAACAAAAAUAGAGAAUUUGAAAGUUUACAGAACAAGCUUGCUGAGAAAGAACAAAGGUUAGCUGAAAUUCUUUCUGAACUGACAAGCCAAAAGGAAAAGCACAAUUUAUUGAAAACAGAAAUUGAUGAAUUGAAGCAUAUGCUGAAGACCACUCAGGGAAAGUAUUCAUCUCUCUUGGAUGAGAAUACGAAUCUUUUGAAAAAGUUUGAAGGCAUGUCUGAUUAUGACAUUUUAAAAGCAGAAUUAUCUGCAAAAUCAAAAGAGAUUUCAUAUUUACAGCAUGAACUUGCAGAAGUACAUAAAAAUGCAGAAUUGGAGAAGCAAACAUAUAUAGAAACCUUACGAAUUCUGGAAGAUAAAAUAAAAUCACAAAACCCUAUGUUGCAACAAACUCAGAGAGAAUUAAAUUUUACUAAAGAUAAAUUACAAAUGGAAGAAUUAGCCUGGAAUAAUGAAAAAAGGAAAUUAGAGCAAGAAAUAAACAUUUCAAGAGAAUUAUACAAGGAUGUGAUUAAUAGAAUUGAAGAACAAAGAAGUGAUAUACAAGAUUUGCAUAGAACAGUCCACAUUCUUCACUAUCAGAUAGCUAAUAAUAGCAAGCCAACAAAUUUACCAGAAAAAGUUUUUAAAAUGCAGCCUGGAAGUACAAAAACCAAAAGUGCUUUUUUCAAAGAUUCACCACAGAAGUACAGAGAAUAUUCAUUAAAAUUUAUUGCAGAAACCAAAGAUAGGAUUGAUAAACUUCAACAGGAAACAGGAGCUCUUCAGGAUAAGUGUUCAUAUGUUUUCAGUGCUGUACCUGCAAACCAUCAUCUUUUAAAAUUAGGUAUAUCUGAUUUUAAGACAAAGCCAACUAGCUUCUUGAAAUCAGACAGCAUCGGUUAUAAUAGAUUAGAUUCAUUAGUUAACAUGUCAAAAAAAUGCUUUAAUAGCACGGUUAAAAAUGGGCCUAAUUCAUCUUCACUAUUUCGUGCAGAAACUAAAGCAUUACUUUCAGAUAAUUAUGGAUCAAAUGUGCCUUCAAAAAAUAGUGAUUUCAGCAUGCAUUCAUCUGAUAAUACCCUUCAUAAUCAAAACUUAAAAAAAUUAAAUAUUGAAUCAGCAGUAUCUAACUCAGCAUUAAAAUCUCAUUCAUUAAGCUUUUCGCCAAAUCCGUUUGCAUACCAGUUACAACCUGAAAAUAAGUCACAAGACUCUAGUAGAUUUGGUACAAAUUUCAUGCAUACUUUGCUGAAUGAAAGUAAACAAACUGUUUUAGAAAAUGUGCCUAACCCACAAGAAUAUAAUAGCAGCAUUGUCACUGAUGCUUCAGGAACUCAAAAUACAGAAGUGAAAAUAAGUCCUAAUGAAGGUAUAUGUAAAAAUUCGAGAAUUUCUGAACUUAAAGUAUCUUCAGAAGACAUAGCCGCAGUUACUGUAAAAGAUCCAGGUCAGGUUAUUGAUAAUGAGCACAGACAUAAAGUAACAGCUGAAAACUUUCAGUUAUCUGAACAAACAAAAGUAGGAAGUGAAUAUUCUAUAACCCAAGAGAAAAUAAUAGAUAAAAUUGAACCAGUAGUUCAUACUGCAUCAAGUGAUCAAAAAGAAAGAGAAAAUACAAAUUUACAAGAGAAGGUAAUAUCUAAAACCACAGAUAAAAAAGUAAUAGAAAAUUCUGUUACAUCUGGUUUGCUUUUCAAUGAACCUGAGAUUAGAAUAAACCUACCCAAGAUCAAUCUUGAUGAAGUAUGGAAAAGAAAGUCAUCAGUUUCAAAUCCUUCCUCUCAAAUUAAAGAAGCAAAUAUUUUGGUCAAUAAUACGGAACAUAUUUCAAAUAUAUCCACUUUUAAAAACUCAGAAAUUUCUCUUCCCAAUAAAAAAGUUUUACAAGAAACAAUAGCACAUACACCAUUUGUUUUGUCCAGCAAUGGAAAAAAAUAUUCUGAUCAAAAUGAAGUUUUAAAUAACCCCAGCUCAAUACAAACAUCUGUGAUUUCAGCUAGUGACAAAAAUGAAAAUUCUGAUUUUACUAUAUUGGUAAGUAAAGAAAAUGAUAUUUUAGGUCUGAAAAAUGUUGUUUGUGAGCCAGGAAGCGAGAUGGUAAAGCACCAACAGAACGAUACAAAACAAAAUGAUUUAUCAGUAUUAAAAAAUAAUGAUAUCAUAAGUAGUCUACAAAGUGAAAGUAUUACAAGGCCUACUAAGGAAGAUUCUAAAGUUGAGACUGAUAUAAAAUCGGUUCAGGAACAAGUAAGUGCAGAAUCUUUAAGUGAACUUAGUGAAGUGCAUCUGUCUUGUGGCAGUGAACAAGAACAACAAAAAGAUGAUUCUGAUUUUUGGUAAAAAAAAAAAAAAAAAAAAAAAAAAAAAAAACAACAUAUUUUACCA